AUGUUGGAGGACCCAUCGUACAGUGAAGUCGUCCGCUGGGGUGACCACGGUGAUAGUUUCGUCGUGCUCGAGAACGAAAAAUUUACGAAAACGAUCCUUCCGAAGCAUUUCAAACACAGCAACUUUGCUAGUUUUGUUCGUCAGCUGAACAAGUAUGACUUCCACAAAGUGCGCCAGAAUGAGGAGACGGGUCAGUCGGUGUACGGUCAGAAUGCUUGGGAAUUCAAGCACCCAGAGUUCAACCGUGACGCCAAGCACAACCUGGACAACAUUCGCAGAAAAGCGCCGGCUCCGAGAAAGGCCCAGAACAAUGAGGAGCAAUUCCACCACUCCAAUACUCAGAUUGUGGCAUUGACAGAGAAUGUCGCUGCCAUGCAACAGCAAGUCCAGAGUUUGCAGGAGUCAUACUUUGCCCUCACACAGGCCAAUAAGGUCUUUGUGGAUGAGAUACUUCACCUACAGCGUGUCGUCAAGGCCCAGUCCCAGGUCAACAAUGAGCUGUUGAGCCACUUGAACAAGGCAGACCAGUCCCGCCGUCAUGCCAGAUCCGCCUCGAACCAUGCAUCUGGCCCAGCAUUUUCUGACAACAUCAUGUCGGACGGAACGCUCGAGCCUGCCGCUGAGCUUAGAAGGGCACGGGAGAUCAUGAGCAGUGUGUCUGGCGAUCACAUCCCCGAAAGAGACCUGCGCCAGAUGUCGGUACAGUUCCAGCAGGUUGGUGCCUCGCCCGAGUCGGCUGGGUCUGGAACCAUGAUGGGCCCGCCGGGAACUGGAGCUAUGCCCCAAGACUUUGUCCACAACCCCAUGCUCGACCCUCGUCACAUGGUAUACCCAGUCGGACAAGAUAUCGGUAUCGAUCCUUUUGCUGCCGAGCACUUGGGCAACAUCCCUUAUAACCGGCCGCUGUCGCAGAACGCCCUGGCAGCCGCACCAGAGACUGUGCCUCCUACUGUGCCGACCAUAAGCCCACCCAGCGGUGCACCUGGCGCCAGUUCUCCGUGGGGUGCUAAGAAGCCUAGAAUUCUGCUCGUUGAAGAUGACAGGAUCUGUUCGAGAAUCGGAAGCAAGUUUCUCGCCAACUUUGACUGUGGUGUCGAAGUUGCUCGUGAUGGACUGGAAGCUGUACACAAGAUUAAUGCCAAUCCAAACUGGUUUGACUUGAUUUUCAUGGACAUUGUCAUGCCACAACUUGAUGGUGUGUCGGCCACCGCUAUGAUUCGAGAAGUCAACCCUAGAAUCCCGAUUAUUGCCAUGACUUCCAACAUCAAUCAGCAAGAUCUAGACAUGUACUUUCACUGGGGAAUGAAGGAUGUGUUGGCCAAGCCUUUCACCAAGGAGGGCAUGAUUGGAAAGCUGCGGAAGCACCUUGCUGGCUUCAUGCGCAACGCAACAGCUGAGGCUUACAUUGAUGCGUAUGGUAAUGGCCAGCCGCCGACUCCUGGACCCUAUUCCAAUGCUGGCAUGAGCCUGCCUAUUUCUGCAGCAUCAUCCUCGGGAAUGGCAAAGUUUGAGACGACGCCGAUACAGUCGCCCGCAACUAGUGCUUCGUGGCACUCGCCAGGACAAAUGCCUCAUGCAUCGCCGAACCUGAACCACGAGCAAGGUUACAUGGCUGCUGGAAACGGAGCACAAAUGGGCAUGAACCCCGGCGCACCUUCGCAGCCUCGGUUCCCGAAUACAAUGCUCCCUGCCAUGACGGCCGGUCAUGGCAGAAUGCCCGAGGGUAUGCCCAACGAUGGCCCGCCUGAGAAGAGACAGCGACUCCAUGGCCCUACAUUCCAGGGCCAGUAUCCGCAAUAA